CUAGGCUUUUCGGGCUUUUCGUCGUCGCCAUGUCCGGAGGUGGUGUGAUUCGUGGCCGGGCAGGGAACAGCGAUUGUCGCAUCUACGUGGGUAACUUACCUCCAGACAUUCGAACCAAGGACAUUGAGGACGUGUUCUACAAGUACGGCGCUAUCCGCGAAAUCGAUCUCAAGAAUCACUGUGGAGGACCACCCUUCGCCUUCGUUGAGUUUGAGGACCCGCAAGACGCGCAAGACGCGGUGUAUGGUCGCCAUGGCUAUGAUUACGAUGGAUACCGACUGCGGGUCGAGUUUCCUCGAAGGGGCCGCGGCUGGGGUGGAGGUGGCGGAGCACCCCGAGGCCGCUAUGGCCCCCCAUCCAGUGGCCGCGGGGGUGGAGGUGGCGGAGCACCCCGAGGCCGCUAUGGCCCCCCAUCCAGGCGACCUGAGAACAGAGUGGUUGUCUCUGGACUGCCUCCAAGUGGAAGCUGGCAGGAUUUGAAGGAUCACAUGCGUGAAGCAGGUGAUGUCUGUUAUGCUGAUGUUUCCCGAGAUGGCACUGGUGUCGUGGAGUUUGUACGGAAAGAAGAUAUGACCUAUGCAGUUCGAAAACUGGAUAACACUAAGUUUAGAUCUCAUGAGGGAGAAACUGCCUACAUCCGGGUUAAAGCUGAUGGGCCCAGAAGUCCAGGUUAUGGAAGAUCUCGAUCUCGAAGCCAUAGUCGUAGCAGAAGCCGUAGCAGAAGCAACAGCAGGAGUUGCAGUUACUCCCCAAGGAGAAGCAGAGGAUCACCACGCUAUUCUCCCCAUCAUAGCAGAUCAACACACCAGCUGAUGGAUCUAGGCCACCCUCGCCAAACAAGCACUACCCCGACUAUAACCAGCACAGCCUUCCGGCACUCUGCAGGCGUCCUUACUUUGGAAGAAAAGAAAGAGAUAACGUCAGGGUGCUCUAGGCAACGGGUGCAUUCCACCCCAAUCAGGGAAUCCUGGAUGGAAAGGGCUCUGGAGAUGGCGGUGUUUGUCCUGAAUAAUGGCAGACAAAAGAGACCUGUGAUGAAAAGACUGAAGGGCUGUGGGAUGGCACAGGCACCCGCCGGUCCAGGAGACAGAGCAGAGAGCUCUGUGGACUUGGAGUGGACUCUGCUCUCUAACCUUCAGAGCAGACAGCGCGGAAACACACUGCCUCCUCAGAGCACUUCUGAACUGGCUAGAAGGGAAGAGUGA